AUGGGGAUUGGGGAACUGAAAAAAGAAGCUAAGAACAACAAAGGCUUAUUAGACACCCUCAAUGAAGUCAGCAGUGCCCUGUUGGAGCUGGUGCCCUGGAGGGCAAGGGAGGGCCUGGAUAAAAUGGUGACAGAGGACAAUGAGCGCUACAGAUUAGUGAGUGACACGCUCACUCAGAAGGUGGAGGAGAUUGAUGCUGCCAUACUGAGAUCGCAGCAGGAAGAAAGAUACUUUAUAAAAAAGGUGAAGAGAUUUCUGGCCACCUUAGGGUUUGAUCAAGCUGCUGAUGCUGAAUUAUCCUGGAUUGCAGAAACUGAAAAGAAACUCACGUCAUUGGGUGACAUUAGACUUGAGCAAGACCAGACGUCUGCUCAGCUGCAAGUUCAGAAGUCACCAGUAUUUUUUCGAUCACAGGCAUUUACCAUGGAGAUUUUGAAACACAAGGACAUUGUAGAUGAACUUGUCAAGUCUGGGGAUAAAAUUAUGAACACAUGCAGUGAAGAGGAGAAGCGGUCUAUGAAGGUAGUUCUAGUUAUUUUUGUGAUCAAAGAUGACUUUCAAUGUAUAUGUGAAAUCUCCCUCAGUUCUUACCCAAAGUUGAUGCUAAGUAAAUACUGCAAAGAUUACGUGGUUGACUUCUGCCCUCGAUACUUCAGUGGGAGUUGCGCAGUUGUUACAGGAGUGGAUCUAGUAUACGUGGGCUACAUCCAGUGGGAACUUGAAAUGACUUUUGAAUCAGACAUCAACCAUAAAAAGUAUCAUGGAACUCACUGCCACACUAGAAGUCUAUGUCCCAAUACCUGUGGUAUAUUCCCAUAUAAAAAAUUGGAUGAUCUACUGAAGAACUAUGAAACUAUCUGUCAAAUCAACUCCGAGAGGAAUCUUCAACUGGAACGGGCUCAGUCUCUGGUUAACCAGUUCUGGGAGACAUAUGAAGAACUUUGGCCAUGGUUGACAGAAACUCAAAGGAUCAUCUCCCAGCUUCCAGCUCCUGCUCUUGAAUAUGAAACUUUAAGACAACAACAAGAAGAUCAUCGGCAACUACGAGAGUUGAUUGCUGAACACAAGCCUCAUAUAGAUAAGAUGAACAAAACUGGGCCCCAGUUAUUGGAAUUGAGCCCAAGUGAAGGAUUUUUGAUCCAGGAGAAAUACGUGGCAGCUGACACCCUUUACAGUCAAAUUAAAGAAGAUGUCAAAAAACGAGCUGUGGCACUGGAUGAUGCAAUUUCUCAGUCUACUCAGUUCCAUGACAAAAUUGAUCAAACACUUGAGAGCUUGAACCGUAUAGUUGAACGUUUGCGGCAGCCACCGUCUAUAUCUGCUGAGGUUGAGAAGAUUAAGGAACAGAUUAGUGAAAAUAAGAAUGUGUUGGUAGAUCUGGAGAAACUCCAGCCUGUCCAUUGUGAGAGUUGCUUUGUGGCUUGCCUCAUUGAAGAUGAUUUUCCUUUCCAGCUGUCCAGGAUAAGCUUGAUCAAAUGGUUUUGGCCUGGGAAGACAUCCAGAAUUUGGCAGAGGAAAGAAGAGGCCAAACUAUUAGAUGUGAUGGAGCUUGCUGAAAAGUUCUGGUGCGAUCACAUGUCUUUGGUGGUCACAACGAAGGAUACUCAAGAUUUCAUCCGUGAAUUGGAGAGUCCUGGAGUUGACCCUUCUGUAGUAAAACAACAACAAGAAGCAGCAGAGCCAUUAGAGAGAAAUAGAUGGACUCCAGGAGAACUAGAUAUAGUUAUAAAUCUUGGUUCUGAGCUCAUCACGCCUGUGGAGAACCUGAUAAGCUAUUGUCAACAAGAGCAUAGAAUGAGAGUUCCAAUAUCUACUUUGCAGCUGAAUUCAGCUUGGGACUCCCUAAAUAAAACAUGGAAGGAAAGAAUUGACAAGCUUGAAGAAGCUAUGCAGGCUGCUGUUCAGUACCAGGAUGGACUGCAGGCAAUCUUUGACUGGGUGGAUAUCGCAGGAGGUAAACUGUCUGGGAUUAAUGUCCAACAAGGACUGAAUCUAGAGACUGUGAAACAGCAGAUUGAGGAACUAAAGCAAUUUAAGGCCGAAGGCCUAUCGUAGCAACAGAUUGAAAUGGAAAGACUGAACCAUCAAGCAGAAUUGUUGUUGAAGAAAGUUACUGAGGAGAGUGACAAGCACACUGUGCAAGAUCCUUUAAUGGAACUGAAACUGAUUUGGGACAGCCUGGAAUGA